AUGGCAGGCCAGUACGGGCAGCACGCCCCCAACCCCGGCUACGACGCCGGCCAAGCCCAACGGCAGCAACACUUCAUUGACAAGUGUGCUGGCGAAGAUAAGGGCCUGCUCAGUAGAGCCGCGGAUACGGCAGCCAGGCUGGUGCCGGCGCCGGCGCUUCUGGAGCGGGAGGCGGCGCGAACACCUCACUUAACUACGGCUACGAUAAUGGCGGAGGCGGCGGUGGGCUCGGGCCGAGGUGCUUACGCCGGGUGAUACCUCACGAGAAACCUAAAACAUGGAAAAUUCAGCGCAUAUUGCAUUGGCUUCUUCAUACAAGGGCUGGAUUGCGGCUCAUAAUGAUACAAAAAAAAAGGAAGCCUCGUUAACCCGCAUUCCAAAACAUCCAUCCUUCACGGUCCUUAGGCCCGCCUAUGCCGACCAACUGCUCGAUGGCGCGGGCGUCGGGAGCGCCUUCAAACUGGUCCUGGUCGAUCUCCU